AUGGUGUACGACCAGUACGUUGCCAUCUGCCAACCACUGCACUAUGAGACUAUAAUGAACAGGGGAGCUUGUGUCCAAAUGGCAGCCAGUGCCUGGAUCAGUGGAAUUCCCACUUCUACUAUUCAGACUGGGAACAUAUUUGCAUUAACCUUUUGUGGAGGCAACAUGGUGGAUCAGUUCUUCUGUAAAAUCCCCCAGCUGCUCAAGAUCGCCUGCUCUGACUCAUACCUCGGUGAAGUUGUUGUUACUUCUUUUCUCUUGUUCUUAGGCUUAAACUGCUUUGCUUUUAUAAUUGUGUCAUAUGUUCAGAUUUUCAAAACAGUGCUGAGAAUCCCCUCUGAGUGGGGCCGGCAUAAAGCCUUCUCCACUUGCCCUCCUCACCUCAUUGUGAUCUCCUUGUUACUUUGCACUGGUAUCUUUGCCUACCUGAAACCCAACUCCAGCUCAACAUCAGGUCUGGAUGUCAUGGUGGCUGUUCUCUAUUCUGUGGUGCCUCCAGUGAUGAAUCCAGUCAUCUACAGCAUGAGGAAAAAGGAGAUAAAAGGUGCCCUAAGGAAACUGACCGAGGAGAAGUUAUUCAAGAAGAAUAAAAUUCCAGAUUUCUCCCAAUGA